ACUGUUGAGGUCGUUUUGGUAUUGUACUGUUUGAAAUUGUUAAUGCCUGAAAAGGUGCAUCUAUUGAGGGGAAGUGUGGAAAAUAGGUGGGUUAACUUUGGAAAUUUUCAUGAUGUUUGUUUGGAAAGAUUUGGAAAAGAGUCUGGAAAGAGGGUUUACAAUGCAAUUUCAGAUAUAUUCCUGGACUUACCAUUGGUAGCAAUUGUGGAUAAUCAAGUCAUGUGUGUAAAUUCUGGGCUA